ACGUUCAGCUCCCUAUUCAGCGCCGCACCUUCUUCCCAAACCUGCUCCAACUUCUUCAAGUGCCCGAGAUCAUUCUCGAUGAUGUUUCUGCGGUGGAAUUCGGUUUGAAUUUCAGGAUUUCUGCUCGUGUUGUGUGGAAGGAAUGUUAUUUGUGUGAAAACUCUUUUGCUGGUGUUGAUGACAUUCAGCCCGCACGCGCAUGAAAAGGAAUCCAGGAGUUUCAGAAGUUUUUGGAAUUGGAGGAGAUUUUAGGGAUGCAGAAUGGAUCCCAAAUCUGACAUCCUGCUUCAAACUACUGGCUGCACAUGGCUGAGCCCCAUUAGCACGUUCCUGGGAGUACCUCUGGAUCAGGUCAACUUUAUAAUGUGCCAGAUGUUCGGCCUGGCAGCUGCCUCCUGGUUUCGGCUGUAUCUCAGUCCUCAGCGUGUUGGUCCAGCUGUGCGCCAUGCUGUUGCUAGUUUCCUGGGCUCAAUGUUCAUUAUAUUUAGCUUUGGAUGGUAUUCCUUGCAUGUCUUCAUGAUGUCAUUCAUCUGCUAUGUCAUCCUCCACAGAGCAAGCGUCCACACUGUUCACUGGUACUCGAUGAUUGUGGCGAUGGGGUACCUCACGGCAUGUCAGGUCAGCAGGGUCAUCAUCUUCAACUAUGGGGUCCUGGCCACGGAUUUCUCAGGGCCACUGAUGAUGAUGGUGCAGAAGAUCACCACUUUAGCCUUUCAGCUUCACGAUGGAAAGUGUCACAAACAGGAGGAACUCACUGAAGAACAAAGACGACUGGCUGUAGUGACCCCGCCAUCGUUGCUGGAGUACCUGAGCUACACUCUGAACUUCAUGAGCAUUCUGGUGGGGCCGUGCAGCAACUACAGGGACUACACAGAGUUCAUCGAGGGACACCAUGUUCACAGCAAACUCAAACACAACAUACAGCAAAAUGGCUACCACACGCACGCAGACCCCUCGCCUGUGCGAGCCGUGUGUCAGAAGUUAAUGGUGUGUCUCGGCUGCCUCUUCUGGUUCUUCACAAUCACCAGGAGGUUCCCAAUCAGCCUCAAUGUGGAACCAGGGUUCGUUAACGAGGCCUCGUUCCUCAGCAGACUAGCUUACGCCUUUAUUUCCAUCCAGGCGUCUCGGCCUAAGUUUUACUUCGCGUGGACUAUCGCUGAUGCAGUACAUAAUGCAGCGGGAUAUGGGAUCAGCGGAUUAGACCAGAAGGGCCGAGUAUCCUGGGAUCUCAUCUCUAACAUCCACAUCUGGAAAAUCGAGACAGCGACCAGCUUCAAAAUGUUCAUUGACAACUGGAACAUACAGACAGGGGUGUGGCUCAAGAGUGUGUGUUACGACCGUGUGCCGUAUUUCCGGACGCCGUUGACGUUCAUGUUGUCAGCACUGUGGCAUGGAGUUUACCCUGGAUAUUACUUCACCUUCCUUACAGGCAUCCCCAUCACAUUAACAGCCCGUGCUGCCCGCAGGAAUUUCCGCCACUAUUUCUUGCACUCUCGUUCUGUCAAACUGGUGUAUGACGUCAUCACCUGGGCAGUGACUCAGCUCACCAUCUGUUACGCCGUCUUGCCGUUCCUAGUGCUGGCCGUGGAGCCGACGGUUAUUUAUUACAGGUCCAUGUACUUCUACGUGCACAUCAUUAGCAUUCUGGGGAUGCUCAUUCCAGCCAGCAGACCCAGGAGGCCCGAUCUCUAUGCCCAGCAUUUCAACAAUAACGUGAAGGGAGAAUAAAUACCCUGCCGUGUAUGUGUGUGUGUGUGUGUGUGUGUGUGUGUGUGUGUGUGUGUGUGUGUGCGUUAGAGAGACUGCAAUGGCAUGAGGGCUGCACAAAGGACGCUCUGUGAGAGUGACAAAGCGAGCCGGGCCGGAGUGUAACCGCCUGCCAUGAUGUGUCCUCAUGCUCAGUUCAUGAAUAAACACACAGUCCAGGGAUAUUGAUGACUAAACUGUAGAUCUGAUAAAGUUCUCACCGGCAGUGCAUCAUGCUGCACCUUGCGAUUAUGAAGCCAGGAUGGACUCCUCACAUCUUUACUAAGGAAAUUAGUUGUUCUGUUGUUAAGUGUUUUUAAAACCUUAAACUCUGGGUAUUACACAAGUUGUAGACCAGAGCAUUAAUUGUACAUUAAUGUUGCCUAAUAAGUAUUUAUUAUAUAUAAAUAGUAUGUAUAACAUUGUGUUGUUGUUGUUGUUUUUUUUAUAAAAAAUUUGAAAGCUACCUUUUUUAAAAGAUCUUUUGAAAAAAUAAAAUCAAAUGUGGUUUUUGAAUGGUUUAUUUAUUGUACUUAUUCUACAUUCAACUGCAGUCAUGUUCAUGUUUAUGAGAGGAUUAGCUACAACUAGUUCAAAGUGGAUCCUAAAGACCAAUAUUAGUUUAAACGUUUUUUUUUCUAACAAAUUUACAUAUUUCAAGGCUACAGCUGAGCUAGCUUCAUUAUAAUUCUCAAUCAUUAGCUAGCUCAUGCUAUGCGUAUGUGUUAUGUGUGUAUGUCAUGUUAAUCGUUCUCACAAAUUAAAAUACCUCAGCCACAACAUGGAAUUUUCUGUACAAUACACUAAAACCCAUUAAACAAAAAAGUAAAAAAUUACAAGGGUAAUUUUAGUUAAUUGGAACCUUUAACAAAUCAUUUAACGCCACAUCUCUAGCAAAUGUUGAUGUUCCACAUGCUUCUGUCUCUUUACACUGUCUGUAUAAAAGACUUC